AUGGCAAGAACCAAGCAGACCGCUCGUAAGUCCACCGGUGGUAAGGCGCCGAGGAAGCAGCUCGCCACUAAGGCUGCCCGCAAAAGCGCCCCGGCUACCGGCGGUGUGAAGAAACCUCACCGUUACAGGCCAGGUACCGUGGCUCUGCGUGAAAUCCGCCGUUAUCAGAAGUCCACUGAGCUGCUCAUCCGCAAGCUGCCCUUCCAGCGCCUGGUUAGAGAGAUCGCUCAGGAUUUUAAGACCGAUCUGCGCUUCCAGAGUUCUGCCGUCAUGGCUCUGCAGGAGGCCAGUGAGGCUUACCUGGUCGGUCUGUUCGAGGACACCAACCUGUGCGCCAUCCAUGCCAAGAGGGUGACCAUCAUGCCUAAGGACAUCCAGCUGGCCCGCCGUAUUCGCGGAGAGCGAGCUUAAA